GAGAGUGUAGGCAGCCUAAGUACUAAUGACAAGUUUUGUUCCCCUUAUUUGUCUUUUUCAAUCACGCAGGUUAAGAUUAUGAGAGCUGAAGAUGGCUUCUGGGGUGCAUCCAUUUGAAUCCUUAAGGAUGUGGCAUUAGCGUCCGGGACUCCGCUGGGCUGCUCUGCAUAGCGCCGUGAUUGAACACUGGAGGAAAAUAGAAACUUUCACGCAAUUCCUGUUAAAGAAGAGACCAGCGUUGUAGUGCUUUAAGUGACUGGGUUGGCAUUGCCUUUAAAGAUUUUGUUCGCUGUGGAUUUGUUCAUUGUCCUUUUCACCCAUCUCUCUCUCUCGUCCUCUCGGCUCUCUCUGAGUGUCUCUUGCCUACAAUAGCAUAGCGGCGAGAUCUGCACAUUGCAGAAUUCCGUUGAUUGGCGAGAAAGCCAAAGGAAAAAACAGGAUCAAAGUUCGCUGACUUGCUGCGGCAAUCUGGUGCACUGUGAAAAGUCGGAGGGGGUGAGGUCUGACUGUGUUCUGCAGAUGGAAGAAUGAAGCACCCAGGAACUUUUUUCGGCUCUGGAAGAGUGGUACCUCUGUGAUUGUGUGUGUUCAGGGAGGCUUGGUUGCAAGACAAGACCAAUCAUUUGUCUUGAUUCCCUGGGCUGGGAGCAGGCAAACUGAGGGGGACGGGACGAGCAAACCCCUCUAUCAAAACCUGAUCUAUUUCCCCAAACAAUUUAGUGUAUUCAUGAGGUUACGCAAAUGUGGAGGCAGCAAAAUUACCGUAAUCAAUUGAGACAGCGAGUGCGCAUCCAUGGCUCUGAUUAUUUGGAGAUCAUCUAUCAGCCUGAUGUCGAUGUAACAAGGAAAGGGGGGCACUGAAUUACUGUUGAGUUUCACUGAGAAGUCCAUGAUCAUUGGGCAAGGGAGUUUGGUCAGUGAUAAUAGGGCUUCUUGGUCGGGAGACGGAAAUAUUUCACCAAACAUUAGAUAGCUGACUCUGCAGUGCUGAAAGGUGCUGUUUUGAAACUAAAACCCACACUGUCCAGACAAUCCAGUGUGCCGCGUUCUCCAUAAUCCCUUUUUUUUCACCACACAAAGGAAAAAAGAGGCGGACGAGCUACAGGUCUAACAGAAUAAACUGAGCAUGGAGGUCAGGUACAACCAAGAAACAGAAGGAAUGGUGCUGAAGAAUGGACUAAAGGAGGGAAAAGAUGGCAAGGACUCCCAGGGCAGCUUGUCCAAAAGCUUCCUCAAGGAGCAGCAGGACUCCUUUUCUCCCUCUGGAACUGUGGACAACUGCGAGAAGAACAGAGGGAGUGCGGGGGACCCAGACUACUGCCGGAGAAUAUUAGUUCGAGAUGCUAAAGGCUCCAUUCGAGAGAUCAUUCUGCCCAAGGGUUUGGAUUUGGAUCGACCCAAGCGAACCCGUACCUCCUUCACUGCAGAGCAGCUCUACCGGUUAGAAAUGGAGUUUCAGAGGUGCCAGUACGUGGUUGGGAGAGAACGGACAGAACUGGCCCGUCAGCUUAAUCUAUCUGAAACACAGGUGAAGGUCUGGUUCCAGAACCGGCGCACUAAGCAGAAGAAGGACCAGGGGAAGGACUCAGAGCUGCGUUCUGUGGUUUCAGAAACAGCAGCAACCUGCAGUGUGCUCAGAUUGCUGGAGCAGGGACGUCUGCUGACGCCUCCGGGCUUGCCGGGCCUCCUACCCCACUGUGGCAGCAGCUCUCUGGGCACUGCCCUGCGCCCUCCCUCCAUGGCCAUGGCCAGCAACGGUAGCAGUAGCAGCAACAGCAGCAGCGGCAGCACUGGAACAGCGGGCGGCAGCCCUCCGCUGCCCACCGUUACCAGCUCAGGAACAGUGGCAGGCUUGCAGAGUUCAACAGGGGCUCACGGCCUCUUCAGCUUCCCAAUGCCCUCCUUACUCAGCGGCGUCGCCACCCGCAUUCCCUCCAACCCCCUUUCCAUGGCAGGCUCGCUGGCUGGAAACCUGCAGGAACUUUCUGCACGCUACCUGAGCUCCUCUGCCUUUGAGCCUUACUCGCGGACCAAUGGCAAAGAAUCCAUGGACAAGAAAAUUCUGGAAUGAUACUUUGCUUUUACAUAGAUGGAUUCAUGUCCUCUGGACAUGUUUCAUUGUUUUCUUGGCUGUUACUGUCUUUGUUUGGUUUUGCUCUGUCUCUUUCAUAUGUCUGUGUCAUGUUUUGUAGACAGCUGCACAUCUGACGCCUUGUACAAGGACAAAAACACAGACCUGCACAAGCUCAUCUAACAAACACAGCGGACUAUUGGAAAGAUUUUGCACAAAAUGAUAACACAGGAUUUUAAAAUAGAGAACUGGAAAGACACAUGGUGAUGGGAAGAGUACAGGCUUUGCUUUAAACAAAUGUUUAGUCCUUUUAAUUAAUUUAAAAUAACAACAAACACAAGCACCCAGAGAACACAGCUGCUGCAUAGCAGAAAAGCUGUAGCAUUACAAAAGAAGUGGUACAUAGUACAUAGCAGGAAGUCUAGGAUUGGUGACAGGGAUUGUAAAGUGAUGGUACCUUGCUAAACUAUAUUUUAUUAUUUGAUUGUGUAUUGUGGGGUAGGUGCAUGUCAUUGCAGUGAGUAGAUGUAGAGAAAGAAAGGGAGGAGGCAUUCACCUGAGCAGCAGCUUGGGAAAUCUAAUCAGCAAAUCACGGUGUUUAAAAUUUUAAAUGUGCCAUGAUAAAUGAAAAAGCAAGGCUGAUUCUGACAUAUAAUUGAGAUGGAGGGAAAAAGUGCCUCUGUUUGAAGGUCACUGCAAGGCCGGUGUCAGCGCGAAACCCGAUUCAUUUGACAUGUGCAUUGAAUUUGCUUAUGCAGAUGCCUCACAAAAACUCAGUUACAAAAAUCUUUUGUAUAUCUGUUCAAACCAAACCAAAAUAUAUCCCGGAGAAGACGUUGUCAUACAGUAUGAUAGUUGAAUUGUUCAGUGUUGUUUUCUAUAUGGUUUGGUGAAGAGUUUGAUAUUUUGCGACAAGCCUUCACUUGUUGUAAUCUUGCAUUUUUGUCUCCAGGAUGCAGUACCUGAUGUUUUUAUUUACUUGUUUGUGAUUUUACAAUCACUGUGAGUUCUCAGAGUUUUUGUGUACAGUUUGUAUUCUGCUAUGAUAAGUGCAGAAAUGAGUUGCUAAGCAGGAGAAAGACUUUUCAGCAUCAGGAAGCUGCAUGCUUUUUGAAUACUACAAGGUGAUACGUUUUCAAGUAAUAAUUAAGAAAAUAUAAUAACCUUGCCUGUGCAAAAGUUUCCAAAUCCACAGCCUUCAUGUAAAAUUUAGGCAGACUGCUGCAUGUGCAGGCUGAAUGGAAUUAUUGUAGUAUAAAAGAACUGGAAAUGAGAAAUGUACCCUAAAAUUGUUAUUUUAUUGUAAAUUAUUAACUUCUGUAAUUAAUAGAUAAUUAGUAUAUCUGGAAAAGAAUGAAUGAAUGUAUUAGCGGGGUUGAGGAAUCAAUCAAAAGCUCUUUGGUGCUGUUGUUGUGAAAUAUCUUGAAAUUUGUGAAACAGUGGUACAAAUGUGCAUAUAUAUUAUGUAUAUGGCUACAGACAAAGACAUGUGUGUUUUUCAUUUUUUCUUUCAUACAUGUUGCUAUGAAUCAAGGUAUGAUAAAUUUCAUGACUGUUAUACCUCUUA